AUGGCUGGAUCUGGAGGUGGUGAGCUGAGAGCUCCGAUCUUCAAUGGUGAGAACUAUGAGUUCUGGAGCAUACGGAUGAAAACCAUCUUCAAGUCUCAUGGGCUUUGGGAAUUCGUUGAGAAAGGGGUAGAGAUCUCAGAUUCGAAGGGAUCUGCUGGAUCUGAUGAGAAGAAGAAAGACAAGGAGGACUCAAGUGAUGCUGUGAAGAUAUCUUUCACAGAGGCACUUAUGAAAGAUGCUAAGGCUCUGGGUCUGAUCCAAGGAGCAGUUUCUGAGGAAAUUUUUCCUAGGAUUGCUCAUGAAGAAACCUCGAAGGGAGCCUGGAAUCUCUUGAUGCGAGAAUUUCAUGGAGAUAAACAGGUGAGAGGUGUAAAAUUACAAAGUUUACGAAGAGAUUUUGAAUAUACUAGGAUGAGAGAUGAUGAAUCUUUGUCUGCUUACCUUGCAAAACUAUUUGAUCUUAUAAACCAAAUGAGAAGUUAUGGUGAGGACUUAUCUAAGGGACGAGUAGUGCAGAAACUGUUGAUUAGUUUGCCUGCAAUGUAUGAUCCGAUAUGUUCUGUGAUUGAGCACUCAAGGGAUAUAGAUACAAUUGAAGUUCAAGAGGUUGUUGCCUCAUUAAAAGGUUUUGCACAGAGAUUGGAGAGACACACUGAGCCUAAAACUGAGAAAGCAUUUGCUAGUCUCAGUGUGAAUUCUAAAACUGAUAAAACUACAGGAAAGCAAAGUGCAAAAGAUCAUAAGAAUUGGAAAGAUAAAGGAAGAAAAUGGGAUAACAAACCCAUUGAUGGAGCUAAAAAUCCUUGCAAGCAUUGUGGUAAGCUGCAUUUUGGAGAAUGUCGUUUCAAGGGCAAACCAAAGUGCUAUAAUUGUGAUAAGCUUGGUCACAUUGCAAAGGAUUGUUAUAGCAAGAAAUCUGUGCAGCAGGUUAACUAUGCAACUCAAGCUUCCACUGCACCAACUAUGUUUUUUGUCAACAAUGCAGCUGAUAAAAGGCCUAUGGAAGAUGUGUGGUACUUGGACAGUGGUUGUAGUAACCACAUGACUGGCAGGGAAGAUGUUCUGAUUGAUAUUGAUAGAAGUAUAACUGCAAAAGUUGCAAUGGGAACAGGACAGUUAGUUGAUGUCUUGGGAAAAGGAAGUUUGGUAGUUGAUACAAAGAUGGGAAAAAGAUAUAUCAAGGAAGUAAUGCUUGUAUCUGGUCUUAAGGAGAAUUUGCUUAGUGUUGGACAGAUGAUGGAGCAUGGAUAUUUUCUUAUCUUUGGAGAUAGCAAAGCAGAUGUCUAUGAUGAUGGCUCACUGUCUAAUCUGGUGGCUAGAGUUCAGAUGAAAGGGAAUAGAAGUUUUCCUUUAAAUCCGCACACAGAGUUACAAGUAGCAUUAAAAGCAAGUGUAUGUCAAUCAACUCUGACUUGGCAUAGGAGAAUGGGACAUCUAAACUUCAACAGUUUGAAAUUACUGCAGAAUGAAGGAAUGGUGCUAGGACUGCCAGAGAUUAAAACCACAAGUCAUGUGUGUGAAGGGUGCACUUUUGGAAAGCAUUGCAGGGAGUCUUUUCCAAAAGAAGCUACAAGCAGAGCUGCAUUUCCACUUGAGUUGGUACACACAGAUGUGUGUGGACCAAUGCAAACUGCUACGAAGUCAGGAAAUAGGUAUUUUCUCACAUUCAUAGAUGAUAGAACUCGAAUGUGUUGGAUAUAUUUUCUGAGAUACAAAUCUGAAGUAUUUAGUGUGUUUAAAAAGUUUAAAGCUAUGGUUGAAUUGCAAAGUGGCUAUAAACUGAAAAAAUUAAGAAGUGAUAGAGGGGGUGAGUAUACUUCUACAGAAUUCAGCAAGUUUUGUGAUGACAUGGGAAUGGAAAGGCAGCUGACAGUUGCUCAUUCUCCACAGCAGAAUGGUGUAGCUGAAAGGAAGAAUAGAUCAAUUGUUGAAAUGGCAAAAUGUAUGAUGUUUGAGAAGAAAAUGCCUCUGGAAUUUUGGGCUGAAGCAGUUAACACUGCUGUAUAUGUAUUGAAUAGAUGUCCUACUAAAGCUUUAGAGAAGAAAACACCCUUUGAAGCUUAUAGUGGAAGAAAACCAGGGAUCAAGCAUCUAAGAGUGUUUGGUUCCUUGUGUUAUGCUCAGAUUCCAGAGCAGCAGAGACAGAAGUUUGAUCAAACUAGCACAAGGUGUGUGUUUCUUGGUUAUGGCAGCUGUGAAAAAGGUUACAGGUUAUACAAUCUUGAAUCGGGCAAAGUGAUCAUUUCUAGAGAUGUUAUUUUUAAUGAGGAAAGUAGUUGGGACUGGAAUGCACAAAAAGAAUCCAGCAUUUCAAUUCCACUCACUGAUGUUGUUGCUGAGAAUGGAAAAGAGAUUGAUGAGGCAUAUGGAGUUCAAACAGAAAUGGCUGAAGAAAAUGAAGCAGAACACACUGAAGCUGUCACAGGUCCUCAGGAGUUUGAUCACACUCCUAGAAAAUUUAAAAGUAUAGCUGAAGUUUAUGAAAGAUGUAAUGUGUGUAUAAUUGAACCUGAGUCAUUUGAAGAAGCUGUCAAGGAUGAUUCAUGGCAGAAAGCAAUGGAAAAUGAGAUUCAUAUGAUAGAGAAGAAUGACACUUGGGAUUUGGUUGAUAGACCAUCGGAUAAACCAGUCAUUGGGGUUAAAUGGGUGUAUAAAACCAAGUUAAACUUGGAUGGUUCUGUUCAAAAGAAUAAAGCAAGGCUGGUGGCAAAGGGCUACUCUCAAAAGCCUGGGAUAGACUUCAAUGAGACGUUUGCACCAGUGGCAAGGCUUGACACAAUUCGGAUUUUGGUAGCUUUGGCUGCACAGAAAGGGUGGAAACUGUUUCAGUUGGAUGUUAAAUCGGCUUUUCUGAAUGGAGUGUUACAUGAAGAAGUUUAUGUUGAUCAACCACCUGGUUUUGUGGUUAAGAACAGAGAGGAUGGAGUUUACAGAUUGAAGAAAGCUUUGUAUGGUCUUAAACAAGCCCCAAGAGCUUGGUAUGAAGAGAUUAACUCUUAUUUUGAGAAGUCUGGUUUCAGGAGAAGUCUUAGUGAGGCAACUCUGUAUGUGAAGUCUGCAAAGAGUGGAAUUCUUAUAGUUUCACUUUAUGUGGAUGACAUCAUCUAUACUGGAAGUUCUAAGGAGCUACUAUUGGAUUUCAAGACUGAAAUGAUGAAACAAUAUGAGAUGACAGAUCUUGGCCUGUUACAUCAUUUUCUGGGGUUAGGAGUGAUACAGACUGAAGCCUAUAUUUUCUUGCAUCAAAAGAAAUAUGCAAAGACUCUUUUGGAUAGGUUUGGUCUCAAGGAUUGCAAGGCAUGUGCUACUCCUCUUGCAGUGAAUGAGAAGUUGUCUAAGCAGGAUGGCAGUGAACAGGCAGAUGAGAGUUUAUAUAGGCAGGUAGUGGGAAGCUUGUUGUAUCUGACUGCAACAAGGCCUGAUAUUAUGUUUGCAGCCAGUCUAUUAGCUAGAUUUAUGCAUGGUCCUACCAGAAAACACAUGGGAACUGCUAAGAGAGUUCUUAGGUACAUUCAAGGUACACUAGAUUAUGGCAUAGUCUAUGAAAGAGGAGAGGAAGCAGUGCUAAUUGGCUAUUGUGAUAGUGAUUGGUCAGGGAGUGAGGAGGAUAUGAAGAGCACCUCUGGAUAUGCAUUUCACCUUGGUUCUGGUGUCUUUUCUUGGGCAUCAGUUAAGCAAAGCAGUGUGGCUCUCUCCACUGCAGAAGCUGAAUAUGUGAGUGCAGCUGAAGCAACUGCACAAGCAAUGUGGUUGAGGUUUGUUCUCUCAGAUUUUGGUGAAGAACAGAUCAUCUCAACAUCAAUUCUCUGUGAUAAUACCUCAGCUAUUGCUAUAGCAAAGAAUCCUGUGCACCAUCACAAGACAAGGCAUAUCAAUAGGAGAUUUCAUUUUAUCCGAGAUGCCUUGCAAAAUGGAGAAAUUGAUUUACUGUAUUGCAAGACAGAAGAACAGACUGCUGAUAUUUUUACCAAAGCUCUAGCCAGAGAUCGGUUUGAGUAUUUGAGGAAGAAGCUUGGUGUUAUUUCAGCUAAACACUUAGAAGGGAGUGUUGAAAUAUAA